AUAUACAAUUGUCUGCCAACACGUGAACAUCCAACAUCCCUUCACAUAUUCCAUUUCAGACUUAAUCAUUGGAUGUACUUCGAAAUUGAUGACGGAAUAUACCACAGUUUUGAAAUCAUAAAUCGUUCAUUGGAAGAAUCCAGUUUUUUAAUCCCGUCAACUUGACACUAAGGAAUCCGAUAACAAAUCCUCCAUAAAUAUAAAUACUCGCGCUCGACCACCACCCCAAUCGUAAUCAUAUUGCCUCCGCUACAAUCAACAUUUUGGAUUCAUCUACUACAAGUGCAAAGAUGGCAACCUCCCAACCCGGUCUCAAUGGUCAACAAGAUCUUAAAGAUCACACCCCCGAUCACGGACUCUCCUCGUUAUCACUUUCUUCCCAAACCAUCCACGCAGAUGAUUUCCUCAACAAAGGUCCAGAUGUUGCACCACCUCUCCACGUAUCAACUACUUUCCGCUACAGCAAUAACCCAGAUGAGCUCGUUGCAGUGAGUGAUCUGGAUGUGAGUACCCCGCAUUCAAUUCAGUCACAUGACCCAUCUAUUCUCGAUUUCAUUUUUUUUUUCUUCAUACUUUUCAUAGUUAUCCAUGGGAUGAUGCUGAUGCCACUCUAUAGCCACAUGCCCCUCAGGACAGUCAUGUCUAUUCCAGGGAAUCCGCACCAAACACCACACGCUUCGAAGCAAUCCUCAGCAGUAUCCUCAAAGGCCCCACUCUAACCUACGCAUCUGGUCUUUCCGCCUUCCACGCGCUCUUAGUUCACCUCAACCCAAAACGCAUUUCUAUCGGCGAGGGAUAUCAUGGCUGUCAUGGCGUCAUUGAUAUCCACAAAAAGCUCACCGGACUCCAGAAAAUCCCAUUGGAUUGUCCAGCCGAGGAUCUUCAACCAGGCGAUAUCAUUCAUGUGGAAACGCCAUUGAAUCCCCUAGGAACCGCCUAUAACCUCGCUGCCUUCGCCAAAAAGGCUCAUUCGCGCGGUGCUUUCUUGACUGUUGAUGCUACUUUUGGUCCGCCGCCACUUCAAGAUCCUUUCCUCUGGGGCGCGGAUAUCAUCAUGCAUAGCGGCACCAAAUAUGUAGGCGGACAUUCCGAUAUGCUAUGCGGUAUUCUCGCCGUGAACCCCAAACAUAUUGAAAAGGGUUGGUUUCGUGAUUUAGAAGAAGAGCGGUCUGUUCUAGGGAAUGUGAUGGGAUCCAUGGAAGCAUGGCUCGGGAUCCGCAGCGUUCGAACUUUGGAAAUUCGCGUCAAGCAACAAUCGGCUUCAGCGCAAAAGAUUGUUUCUUGGUUAGAUGAUGCUUUGAAAUCUAAUGAUGCGGAAACAGAGGUGGUGAGGAAAGUCGUGCUUAAGAUUGUGCAUGCGAGUUUGCAAGAGGAGGAUAUUAAGGAUGGGUGGUUGUUGAAACAGAUGCCAAAUGGGUUUGGUCCUGUGUUUUCUAUCAUUUUGAAGGAAGAGGCGUUUGCGAAGAAGUUGCCAAGUAAGUUGGAAUUGUUCCAUCAUGCGACGAGUUUGGGUGGUGUAGAGAGUUUAAUUGAAUGGAGGGCAAUGUCGGAUGCGACUAUUGAUCGGAAAUUGUUGCGAGUCAGUGUGGGAAUUGAGGGAUGGGAGGAUUUAAGAGAUGAUUUGCUGCAAGCUUUUAAGGCGUUGGCAGAUGAAAAGUAAAAUGUUAGAGAGGUAUAUGUAAAUCAGAACAUGUCACUUUCCAUUAGGACUCGAUGUAUGUAUUAAAUCGUUUAUUGCAAUCAAGCAGCAGCGAUAUUUUCUAUA